AUGCCCGUCGGGGAAGAUACUGGUAGCGGCAACGCGGGGUCUUACGUCGCUGCUUCAUGGGCAUUGAGCACGAUAGCGGGCCUAACCCUUCUCGCCCGAUACAGCAUCAAAUCCUGGAUCCGCUGGGCCAUCCCCAAGGUCAGCUCUCCGGAGCGCUUGUGGGGCAUCGAAGACCUAUUCUACCUCCUCAGUUCCAGCUUCGAUCUCACGCAGAUGAUUUUCUUUGACGCAGGGCUUGGGCGCCCCGAAUCGACCUUGACUCAGCCCCAAAUCGGUGACACGUUGAGAUAUGCGUAUAUCAGCCAACUCUUUGAGGUCAUUGCUGCGAUGCUUGCCCGGCUUGGAAUCAUGUAUUUUCUCCUACGGUGCUUCCGCGGGGCUGACAUGCGCCUCCGUGUCGCGAUCAUCAUCUGUAUGGGUGUUCAAAUCAUGGUCAACCUGGCAACGGAUUUACAGGUUCUUUUGAUGUGCGGUUCCCGCACAUCUCACACGGCCUACCGACUUGCGUAUUUCCACUACAUGUGGGAUCCGCUCCCGCCCGAUGGGUCCGUGGUGUGCCAGCAACCCGUUACGCAAGUGGUCACCGGAUUGAUCCAGGGGGGCAGGUCUCAACCCACCUCUUUCGCAUUGCGUCUGCUAACUCCGCAGCUAGGAUUGAACACCACGAUCGAUUUCUUCCUGGCCAUUCUCGCCGGGGUGCAGCUCUGGCGCUUCCCACUGGCGCGGAAAGAUCGCAGUCAAUCGUUCAUUUCGCGCUUCAAGAAGCUUCCUCGGGAGGCGCGCAUCCGGCGCUUGCGGCAGACGGCGGCAAUCAGUGGUCCGCUGCUACUCUCCGGGAUUGCAUCCCUGGUCAAGACGACCCUACUCCAUACGAUGAAUAGCGUGGAUGACAUGGCUCAUUCGAUUGUGCUUUUCAUUCUAUUAGCGAAAGUCGAGAACGCCUGCCUCUUGAUCGCUCCGUGUGCACCUGUCUUCCGAUUACUGUUUUCGUUGGCCUCAAAGACUGGGGCGCAGAAUCUGGGAUACCCCUGGUAUGGCAAUCAGUCUGGCGCACGCGGCCAGGCGCUGGAGUUGGAGACCGUCCCACAUACUCAAGUGAAGGGAACCGUGGUCAUGUCGACGGUCGGCAAAGACACACAACCCGAACAACCUCCAGCGAGUGAAGCAGUAAUUAUCCGAACCGAUAUCAUGGUGGAAUAUGCCUCGGAACGAACCGCUUAG